AUGGGCAUUGGUACCGGCAUUGGUAUCAUCACUGGCUUCUACAGGGACUUUUACAAAUGCUACAAUAAGGGCUCCGGCGAGGGCAUCAAUAAGGGUAGCAUCAUCAUCAUCGACGUCGUAGUGGACAAUACCAGCUUCAACGUCAUGUGCUCCAACAGCAUUUUCGGAGGGGGAUUCUUAACAGGCCCAGACGCAGUCGCAGCCCCGUUUCUCAGAAAACGUUUAUUCCAGUUUGAUGACUGCUUAUUCCAGCAACGAGCUCUCGCUGGCCACUACUAUACUAUUGCCAACGCAGUCCAGCGCGACGCCGAGGCCUUUUUGAAGGCCUGGGCUGAAGAGAACGUGCCUAAGGCCAAGCACUCGGAGGCCCUCGAGGGCUAUAUGCAGCGCCACGCCAUCCAGCACUUGCGCCACCGCCGCUUCAAGGCCGGCUGCCGCAAAAACCACCUUCACGGCGUACCUUCGGCAGCACAUCUCGGUGCUACUGUCGCAGGGACUGUCAGUGCCUCUUUCUUUGCGGCUGUGUGCGUGCGUCUCCGCCAUGCAGAAGUUGAGGAAGCGAUGAUCCAGAUCAUUCAAGCCGCUGACGCGCUUCGCCUUAUCAAUCAGCAACGAUUGAUGAUCGCCUCGCUGCGGAAGAUCCAGCAAAAAGUCGCGUGGUGCCGCGGCAUGGACGAGGUCGUCUUCUGCGAACUCUUCUGCCGCCUCAUCGAGGCCAUCGUCGAGUACAACAAGCGGACCCAGCCGCCGUUCGAUCGCGACCAGCAUUGCGCGCUGGCGAAGGCCGGCCUCCCACCGUCCGGGCUGCCACAGCACAUUCGCAGAGAACAUGCCGGCCAUGCCGAUGGGCCAUAUAAUGAACCUACAAGUUCUGGUAGAUGCGCCUUCCGCUGGCUUGAGGACUUGGACAAGUGGGGAAAGAAGAAGAGCGAGAGGAAGGAGAAGAGGGGUUCCCUUGUCAUGACAUUCAAAUGGCUGGCAAAGAACUGCUCCGUGAAAAAAUUAGGCCGAAGAAUCGACGACUGGCCUGGUAACGCUUGGGAAAACUCGGCGGACGGGGCAGAUGGGGGUAGAGACAGGAGAUGCUUCUGGGCCAAUGCUCUUUGGUUUUUUGACAACUACAAAGACAACUGCACCGACAGCAUCAACAACGAAAACAAGAACACUCCCGCCAUCGCCAUCACCAUCGCCAUCACCAUCGCCACCAUGAACGUUCACGGCCCUGCCUCUUCCGUUCCCGCUGCUGCCGCGGCUCCCGUCUCCGGCUCCUCCGUUCCGUCUGCUGCUGAUGCGGCUCCCGGCUCCGGCACCGGCUCGACCUCCGGUUCCGCCUCAGCCUCUUCUUCCUCCCCCGGCUCCGCCACCACCAAUCUCGCCGCAGUCGCCUCCUCCGCCCUCGCUCUUGGUUCUGUCACCCCCGUUCCGACCGUCGCUCCUCCUCAUGCCGCUCACGCCGUUCCCGUCCUCGACGCUCCUAGUAGCCCAUCUCUGGCGCAGGCCGAGUCUUCGCGUUCGACUCCUCCUGCACCCACUUCCCCUGGCACCAGUCCCCAAGAGUCACCGACAGCGAAGCAUACACGCAAGCUACCGACGCUGGAAACCGCAUGCAAGAGCAAAGCGCAGCGUCCUCUUGGCGAUGACGAACACGUUGGCGGACGGGGCGGUAGCCCUAUUAUACUUGGAGAGGACGUUGCCGAUGUACAGUUUGGCAACGAGGAUCAUGGCGUGGACUCAGCAGAAGCCGACGAUCGCGUUACCUCUGGUCAAGCCGACGCCGACGAGCCUGGUGCCGCUCUCCCGGCUGUCCUAGGAGGACCAGCUGCCCCAGUCAUCGCUUUGAAACGAGUCAGCCUCAACAGAGCGGACCAGCUCUGGAACACCCCCGACGGAAUCCGCCUAGACUCGGAGUCCAUGGAAGCUGGUGAUUGCCAUGAAAUCCAUGCCUGCGCAUUGUCGCGGUCCUCGGCGGUGCUGUUACCCUCAAAGUCGACGAGGUAUACCCGCCUCCGCCUCUCUCCGCGGUGA